UGGGGGCGGGACCAUUUAGCUCUAAACCUAUUGGUUGCUCUCGGCUGACGUACAUUCCAAUCACAUGUGCCGUUCACCGGGCUGUGCGUGAUUGACAGUGCUCUGCCGAUGACACGAAUAACAAGCGACUUUCGCGGUUGAUUUUGAUUUCCAUUUUCUGGAACCAUGGCUGGGAGACAGGAGGAGUUACUUGCACGGCUACAGUCAAGACUCCAGCAAGCACUUUCCAGGCAGCCUCUUGAUUUAGACUUCCUAGAGUUUGUCUGCUGCAACAAAUUAGUUUUAUUUCAAUCUUUUGCUGAUCAGAUCCACAUAGACAAUGAUAUUUUGCAGCAGUUAAACUAUUUGUUGGAGCUGGUCCAUGCGGCAAUUGUGAACAGUCCAACUGAAUCACAUUUUGACACAGCUGUGGGUUUGAAGGGAAAACCCAGAAUGAUAAUCCAGAAAGAUCAGCUGCAACAUUUGUUAGAUUCACAAUUCUCUGUACCAUACCAUGCAUAGCUCAGUUUUUAGGUGUAUCACCAAGAACUAUUUUUCGAAGGAUGGCAGAGUAUGGGCUGAGCGUGAGAGGAUUCUACAGCACCAUGACUGACGCAGAGCUCGAUAAUAUGGUCAGAGCUAUUAAAACACAGAUGCCCAAUGCAGGGUACAGGAGUGUAAAGGGACAGCUCAUGGCAAUGGGUAACCGUGUUCAAUGGGAGAGGAUUACAGACUCAAUGCAUCGUCUCGAUGCAGCUAGAAAUCCUGUCCCGACUUGCAAGGCUUGGCUGCACUGUACGAAGAUCAUACUCGGUACGAGGUCCCCUUGCAUUGGUGCACAUUGACACAAACCAUAAACUCAUCAGGUACAACCUGGUAAUAUUUGGUGGAGUUGAUGGAUUUUCCAGAAAGGUCCUGUACUUGGAUGCAGCAACCAACAACCGUGCCAAUACAGCAUUCUCCUUUUUCCUUGAGGCCACUCGGUUACAUGGUGUUCCAUCAAGGGUUCGUGGAGAUCAAGGCGUUGAAAAUGUGGACAUUGCCCAUUUCAUGUUCGAGAGACGUGGAACCGGUCGAGCUAGCUUUAUCUCGGGAAAGAGUGUACACAAUCAAAGGAUUGAACGGAUGUGGCGAGAUGUGUGGAUGGCUGUGACUUGCAUCUUUUAUGAUGUGCUUCACACGCUCGAGGAAGAUGGUGUUUUGGACAUAGCAAACAUAAUGCACCUUUUCUGCGUGCAUUAUGUCUUCCUGCCUUGCCUUCGACUAGCACUACAGGUCUUUGUAGCUGGCUGGAAUCACCAUCCCCUCAGAACGGAGAGAAACCACACCCCAGAGCAGCUGUGGCAGAUGGGACACCUCAACACUCCACAAGACAGUGAAAAUCUUGAGGACCUGCAAAAUCGAGAACUGGACAGGGAGGGUUCCCUGAUGACCCCAGAGGCCACUGUCGGAGGAGUUCAGGUCCCGGAAUUUCAACCGCCUCUGCCUGCUGAAGAUCUGGUAGUACUUCAGUCGGCAAUCGACCCUUUAAUUGAUUCAGAUUCAAAUGGUUAUGACCUUUAUAUACAGGUGUUAGAAUAUGUUAAACACACGCUUCAACACCCCAUUGAUUAGGUAGUUCUGGGUCCAACUAACACAGAGAACUCAAGCCUGCAUCACACCAGGUCGUUCAACCUAGCUUUUUUUUGUUGCUAUUAUUUACAGAUAUAAGUGGGAGGUGAUCUCCAUUGUGCAAUUACUUGCUGGAAUUCGUCAACUUUUUCAAACAGAACAGCAGGGAUUCUUGUAUUGUGGAAUAAAAUGCUGAACUCAAAAAGACCACUGCAAUGCUUUUCAUUUUUACAGCAUAUUGAAACGCAAGAAAAGAUCCAACACACUAAUUGGCUAUUCACAAUGAACAAUCUGGAUUCAAAGCAAAACAAUCAAUAAAUAAGUUUAAAGAAAUUCGCUUCGGAUCGGCAGUCAUAGUCUCUCGCAAAUUAAAAAAAGACGCUCUUCCACAUAAAAUGAACUUAGUUGGCAAGAAUUCAAAUAGUAAACAUGCUGCAAGUUUAGGCACAGCAUCAUUCAUACCACACAAUACUCUGCAUGCUAACAGAGAGAACCACUACAUAACAAAAAAUCUGAAAGCUUAUUUAGAAUAAAAUUCACAUUUCCAUACAACAAACACAGGCGCUGCCGUCUGUACACAAAGCAAAUAGGCCUCCAACUCGACUGUUCCAACCUAGCUCUUGAAGAGCUUUGCAAUUCUAACAUGAAGAUGUAUUAACCUCAUCAAUCCAAUAACGGUGUAAAGAUGCUUGAACUCAUCAACAUUUAACAAGAACAUUCUGCAAGGACCAGCAGCAUUAUACAAGUCCAAAUCCCGUAUCCCACGUCCCGAUGGAUGCCUCAAGAGCUUGUUUAAAAUCGUCAUAAGUUGAGAGGUGGCCAGGGAUGCGGAGGCACAUGUAACAGGUGGAGGAUUUGGGGAACUGCCCACGCACAACCUCCACUUUCAGCAUCCCAGAUAACACUUCCCACCCAGUCCAAAACCGGAGUAGGUUUAAGCGAGACACUGCUGGAGCUACAAAAAAAGAGUUUUAAUUAGUAUAAAUAAUUAAGGAACAAAGACAGGAACAUAUAUUUUUACUGCUGUGAAAUGGUAGGUCAUACAAACAAAAUUGUAGCCUUAAGCCGUGGGCUAUUCUAAAAAUACUGUCAUCAUUCUUUGACGUACAUACAAUACGAUACAUACAAUAUAGAAUACAAUUACUCACCUGUCUCCCAGCCAUGGUUCCAGAAAAUGGAAAUCAAAAUCAACCGCGAAGGUCUCUUGUUAUUCGUGUCAUCGGCAGAGCACUGUCAAU